AUGGCGCUGCGGCACGGUGUUCGGCUGUGUUUGGUGCUGGCCGUUCUGGCCAUGCCGCGCUGGCAGGCCUGGCUCGGGCGCUGGGCAGGACUCAGGUCCGCCGUGACCCGGCUCCAAGCUGAACGGAAUCUUUGGCGAGAAGAACCAGAGCAAGCGCUUGGCGAGGCCUUGGCUGAAGCGGACGCCCAGUGGCUUGCCUUGCAGAGCGAGGCAGAGGCUGAGAGUGACGCAGAAAGCGAGGAUGAGCGCAGCUGGCGGGCUGCAGCCCUGAUGGCCGGCAGCGCGCUUGACAGGCUCCGACCCUACACCAUCCCAGCCAAGUACUUAGACAUCCCUCCUCUUCGAGGAGCGGAGGAUGCGCUGCUCGACUUUCUCGGUUCUGAGACCGGAUUGGUCUUCAACUUCUUGUCGAAGGUGGAGCCUCUCUCAGACGCGGGCCGGUCUUUCUGGCAGGCAGAGCUGUAUCUUCGACGGUUCGACGAGGUGGCGGGCAAGACAGAGGUCAAGGAAGCAGCCGUGGAGGCCAAGGAGAAGAUUGAAGCCGAGACAGAAGGGAUGCAGGAGGCCAUCCGGGGCAGCGUGUUGCUGGCCCGGCAGAACUUCAUCUCUGCCGCUCGCUUCGGCUACUUCCUGCGUCGCGGCAAGCAGCGGCUGGAGCUCGAGAGGAAGUUGGGGGGAGGGCAGACGAGUUUGUCCAACUGGCUUGGGUCACUCAAGCCAAACGAUGCCGUGGAGCUGGCCCGCGCUGCGACUAGGGAGGCGCAGCGGGCGGUGCAGCACCACGCCAACGAGCUCUUCGGGUCCGAGAUGGAGCUUCUCAAGCAGCUGGACUACGGCCCUGACUCGGUGGCGCAGCUCGAGAUGUCAGAUGAGUCUCGCAGACGCCUCAGCUUGGAGGCAGCAGCCUUUGGUUCCGCCCUCUUUGAUGCCGAGGAUGCGGCAUCUAAGCGCUACAGGCAAGCCUAG